GGCCUGGAUCUCGAAUAGUAAACAUGACAGUAGAGUACCACUUGAGAAACUUAAAUUAUUAUCAGUAAGACUAUAAGUUCGCGGCGAUCAUCAAGCGUAACAAGUUGCGAUUGUGAAAAUGAAGUGGCUGCCGAUUAUAUCGUUCGCGCUCCUUUGCCUCGCCCUGAGCGAGGGAGCCAGUCCCAAACGCCGUAGCAUAGGUUUUGUCCCUUUAACAGACUCUCCUGGUAGCAAAAUUAUUGGAGGUGAAAAUGCGGUUGAAGGCCAAAUUAAAUAUCAAGUUGGUAUUAGAAUGGACGAUUCGUACUUUUGCGGAGGUUCCUUGAUUUCGGACGUCGUUGUUCUAACUGCUGGUCACUGCGUUAAAGGAUUCUCGUCUUUUGAAGUGCAUCUGGGAGCGUUGAAUUUCUACGACGAGACAGAAGUAGGCCGCAUAAUUGUGAAUACAAAUGUGUCUACUUUGCAUGAAAACUACAAUGGCCUCGUCAUCAACAACGACAUCGCUUUGUUGCAUUUGCCAGACCCUGUUUCUGGACCAAAUAUCGAGGCGGUCAGACUUCCCUCCUGGACAAUGGCAAAUCAAACUUUUGCCAAUGAAACAGGCAGAGUGAGCGGCUGGGGAAAGCCAUCUGACAACGCCACAUCGAUCAGUCCUGACUUGAAAUUCGCCGAUGUGUUGAUCAUAUCCAACGAGGAAUGCCAAGCGUGGUAUGGAGAACUCGUCCUGAACAGCAACAAGAUUUGCAUUGGUACAAAUGGGGGCACCGAAAAUAUUUGCAGUGGAGAUUCUGGUGGCCCUCUUGUGAUUUAUGAAGAUGAUGGUUUGCCGACGGAAAUUGGAAUCAACAGCUUUGUCACUUCUUUUGGUUGCGAAUCGCGAUUCCCAGGAGGCCUAACUAGAGUUACUCGAUACUUAGGCUGGCUCGAAGUAAACGCUGGAAUUACCCUGCGACCUGGAUUUCUCGCUUGCAACAAGAUAGUCUUUUGUCAUUCGAUCGCUGUAAUCAUGAGAUUCAUCUUGGCGACUUGUUUGCUUUUCGCCGUUGCUCAGGCAACGGAUUGGGCUGAUGUUAGGCCAGCCCGUCAGCCUCAUCCACCUAUGCUCCGCAAACCCAAUUUUUCUAAGCACCGCAUCAUUGGUGGAGAAAAUGCCGUUGAGGGGCAAUUUAAGUACCAAGUAGCGGUUUUGAUAGAGGGUGCUGGAUUUUGCGGUGGUUCCCUUAUCGCUGAUGACGUUGUCCUGACUGCUGGACAUUGCAUCAACAACUUUGCGUUUUGGGAAGUGCAUGCUGGUGCUUUGAAUUUUGAUAACCUUGAGGAGCCGGGCCGCGUGGUGGUGUCUACAAAUAUCUCAACCUUGCACGAGGACUACAACGGAAUCAUCAUUAACAAUGACAUCGGCAUUUUGAAACUUUCAGAGCCCGUGUCAGGACCCAAUAUUGCUCCCAUCCGUUUGCCAUCUUGGUCGCAAGCCAACACCACAUUUGAUUAUCAGACCGCACGUGUUUCUGGUUGGGGAAAAUCCUCAGAUAAUUCAACCUCGAUCAACGUUGAUCUGAAGUUUGUCGACUUGAAAGUCAUUACUCAAGACGACUGCCUGGCCAUCUACGGACCCCUCGUGAUUAACGAGAACAAACUGUGCUGCGAUGCUGACGGUGGCGCAUCGUCCACUUGCAAUGGAGACUCUGGCGGCCCACUUGUGAUCACCGAGGAAGAUGGCGAGCCGACCGAGAUCGGCAUUGUCUCAUUUGGCGUUUCGCUUGGAUGUGAAUCGGGCUGGCCUGCAGCCUUCACCAGGAUCACCUACUACCUUGACUGGCUUGCACAGAAUGCUGGAGUAACAAUCAGACCAUAAUUGUGCUAUAUCGUGGCAAAAUAUAGAGCUUUUAAAUGAUGGUAUUA